AAGCCGCCUUCUCAUUAAACCCAUGACUCAAAACUUUUUUUUUCCUCUCCUUCCCAUCACCUUCCUCACUCCCCCAUUUUUCUCUCUAUAAAUCCCACAAAUUCAACCAGAAAACCCCACCUGCUGCUCACAAUCCUAACACUCACAUGGAAAUGGAAGUGGUGGUCGCAAUCCCUCCUCCUCCUCCGCCACCGCUAGUAGCAGCUCCGGUCACCGACUUUAACUUCGACAGCACUUGCUCUUCUCCUUACAUGACUGCUCCGUCUAGUCCUCAAAGAUUCGGCAACUUCUUUUUAAGCGCUCCGGCUAGUCCUACUCGUUUCUCUUCUUCUUCAAAUCUAUUUCUUGAUCAGUUCAACUCUUCUAGUUCUGUUCCUUUUGAUUGGGAAGAAAAACCCGGAACUCCGAAAUCAAGAAAUGGAAGCAAGAACAAGAACAAGAAUCAAGGUUUUGAUUUUCUUGACGAUGAUGGUGGUGAUUUCGAGUUUGAUUUUAGCGGCCAGUUAGAUAGAAGCUCUUUAUCCGCCGAAGAAUUAUUCGACGGGGGCAAGAUUCGUCCGUUAAGGCUACCGCCUGGUUUCGAUUCCGCAGUUUCUUCUCCUAAAUCUUCACCAUCGCCAAGUUCAAGAAAUGCGAAAAAGAAGAAAGAUUCCGUCGAUCCAUUCCAAGCUGCGAUUAAUGAGACGACAAGAAAUCGAGGAAGAGAAAACAAAUCAUCUUCGAAAAAUUAUGCGCGUAAAGUAAGCAGAUCUUUAUCUCCAUUACGAGUCUCUGAUAUUAUUCUUGAUGAUCAAGAAAACAACAAUAGCAACAAUAUUAUCACUCCAACGACAACGGAAAACAUUUCGAAAUCAUUAUCUUCUAUAUUUUCCGCAAUUUCAUUCUCAUCGAAAGGUAACAAGAAGUGGAAAUUAAAAGAUUUAUUGCUAUUUCGAAGCGCAUCAGAAGGGCGUCCGAUAGCCAAAUAUGGAGUGUUGUCCAAGAAAGAGGUCUCAGACGCCAGUUUCCGAUCAACAGACAGCAGUGUCGGCGGCUCUUCUCGCCGGAGAGGCCCUGUAUCCGCUCAUGAAAUGCAUUACACGGAGAACCGGGCGGUUUCAGAGGAGAUGAGGAGGAAAACGUUUUUGCCUUACAAGCGAGGACUAUUGGGUUGCUUGGGGUUCAACCCUGGUGUGCAUGAGAUCUCUAGAGGAAUUGGGUCUUUGGCACGUGGAUGAUCCUGAUUGCUUGAUCUGAGACAUAAUUUUUUUUUAAUUUAUUUGGAUAAGAUGAAUAAUAGUAUAUAUAUUUGUUGAUACAUAAAUUGAUUUAGAAAAAAAAAACAAGUACAAGUUUACAAGAUGGUGUUAUCUAAUUUGUAGUCAUGCGUUAGCAAAUAAAAGGAUUUAAGCAGAA